GAGGCACGUGGUAUAAAAGAGGAGGCUUGAGGGAGCUCCGACCUCACUGAGCCGAGGACGAUAAAGAGGAGCAGGAUGAAGGGAGUGUGUGUCGUUGGAUUGUCCUUGCUGUUCCUGGCUCUUGUGGAUCUAGGCAGCGCAGAGGCAGACAUCAUGCAGCUUGUCAUAGACCACGCCCCAUACCUGCGUUUUGACUUGAAGCAAGGCGAGGGCAACCUGUGCUUCCCUCACAACGCUCAGGAGUUUUACGAGGCACGCAAGGGCGGAGAUUGGUCAAGAAAGUGCAACAGGGACUAUGACUCGGUGACGAGAGGCAGCAUCCCCACCUACUGGCACGCCAACACAUGCGGCUACCACCUGCACAUCGCUUACUGGAACUUCUACGGGUACAACGACGACUGCGACUGCUGCUCGGGGGAGAGAGACGCCUGGUGGGAAUUCAUCGUGGUCAAGAUCCGUGACUGGACGCUGAACCCACGCAUGCAUGAGGUGAUGUUCGGCCAGAAGAAAGGCUGGUACACUCGCAUCCCCGGCCACUACGAAACCUUCAACACGACUCACCCAGUGGCGUACGUCGGCAAGAGCAACCACGGCACCUACCACGACGACGGAGGCACCGGCACAUGCUGCUACUACGAGGACUUCAGGAACCCAGGAAGCGCUGACAAGCACAUGGUGACCUGGGACAACCUGAUACACCUGCGGGAAGAGGAAGGGGAAGACUGGAUGACAGACCCCAACACUGACUGGUGGCACGGACUCCAGUCACCAAUCUUCAGGGAUGACUGGGACGUGUGUGGCCUGAUGGGCUGCACUGGCUCCUCCCUGCAGGUGUGUGGGACGUGCGGCUGCCACAAGAGCGACAUUGGAGAGGAUCCUUUUUAAGCCUAUCCUGCACUUGUUCAUUCCCUUAAAAUAAAGUGAAAAUCCUCUUCAUACAGAGUCAAUUAUCCUUGUAUUCUUCAUUAAAAAGUCACGCUAGUUCUC